UUGACAUUUCGGAGUAUAAUUUUAGCAUUUCUAACGUUUUAGUUCUAAAUUUUUGCAAUUUAACAGUCGACAAGUGUUUUUAACUAGCCUGUAGCAGACGCGUUUACUGUCUAAGCGACCGCACACCCUGAUAAUGCGACAGUUUCUCAGCCUUGACAACGAUUAACGUAGCUUUUAAGUGCAGCCAGCUGCUGCUGUUGUGUGGGUGGGUUCUGGGUGGUGGGCUGGUGGCCGCGGGGGAGGGCCCCAAGACAUUGACAACAAUUACAUACGCUUAGUAACAUCACGCCGCAUACACGACAACAAACGCUCUUUGAGAUAAUUAUAACACGCAAAGAAGAAGAUCAACUGAAAUGCGUUCGCGUAGCAAUUCGGGCGUGCGCCUCGACUACUAUCAGCGCAUUGUGCAUCGCUUAAUAUUGGCACAUCAGGAGCCAGUGACCGGCCUGUUUCCCGCUUCGAAUGUCAACUCGCAUGCCUGGAUCCGGGAUAAUGUCUAUUGCAUUCUGGCUGUGUGGGGCUUGUCCAUGGCCUACAAGAAGAUUGCCGAUCAGGAUGAGGAUCGGGCCAAGUGCUACGAGCUGGAGCAAAGCUGUGUCAAGCUGAUGCGCGGUCUGCUCAUGGCAAUGAUGAAUCAAAAGGACAAGGUUGAGAGAUUCAAAAUGACCCAGAGUCCAUACGAUUCGCUGCAUGCCAAAUACUCCAGUAAGACCGGCCUGCCUGUUGUCGGUGACAAUGAAUGGGGUCAUUUGCAAAUUGAUGCGGUUUCCCUGUACUUGCUCAUUCUGGCCCAAAUGACCGCCUCCGGUCUGCAGAUCGUCUUUUCAUUGGACGAGGUUUCGUUCCUACAAAAUCUGGUAUUCUAUAUUGAGUCUGCCUACUCCAUACCUGACUAUGGCAUCUGGGAGCGCGGCGACAAGACCAAUCAUGGUGAGCCCGAGCUGAAUGCCAGCUCCAUCGGUAUGGCUAAGGCCGCUCUAGAGGCCAUGAAUGAGCUAGAUUUAUUUGGCGCUCGCGGUGGACCUGCUAGCGUUAUUCAUGUCCUGGCUGAUGAGGCUCACAAGUGUCAAGCUGUGCUGCAGUCGAUGCUGCCCCGCGAGUCCAACAGCAAAGAGCUGGAUUCGGGCCUGCUGUGCGUUAUUGGCUUCCCGGCGUUUGCCGUUGAUGAUGCCCAACUUAUAUACAAUACGAGGGAGGCAAUACUGUCGCGCCUGCAGGGAAAGUAUGGCUGCAAACGUUUUUUGCGCGAUGGCUAUCGCACACCCAAGGAGGACCCUUCGCGUCUCUAUUACGAACGCUGGGAGUUGCGCAUGUUCGAGAAUAUUGAAUGCGAGUGGCCUCUCUUCUUUUGUUAUCUGAUACUGUUCCAUGCAUUUCAAAAUGAUAAGCACAUGGUGCAGGAAUAUGCGGAUAAAUUGGAGAAGAUAAUGGUGCGCUCCGAGGAUGGCACACUGCUGAUACCCGAAAGCUAUGCAGUGCCGCAAGAGUUGGUGGGCUUUGAAUACCAAAAGCCCGGUUCGCAAGUACGUGAAGUUGUUGGCCGUUGCCCAUUCUUGUGGGGUCAGUCGCUCUUUAUUUUGGGUCGCCUGCUGCAAGAGGGCUUUUUGGCUGUGGGCGAGCUGGAUCCGUUGAAUCGCCGCCUGGGCGCCCAGAAAAAACCAGAUGUCGUCGUCCAGGUGGUCAUCAUAGCCGAGGAUAAUGAAAUACGCGACAAGCUGGCCGAGCACGAUCUUCAUGUGCAAACCAUUGCCGAGGUCGCACCCAUUGAGGUGCAACCGGCACGUGUGCUUAGCCAUUUGUACACGUACUUGGGACGCAAUCGGAAGCUGGGAUUGAGCGGACGUAAAUCUCGCGACGUUGGUAUUCUGAGUACUAGCAAGCUCUACUCUCUCAAGGAUCGCAUCUUUGCCUUUACGCCGCAGCAUAUCGACUAUGAAGAAUACUACACGACACGCGAUCCCGAUCUGCUCGCAAGCAAUUUUACCACAAACUUAGGCUUCCUGACCAACAAUUGGCGUCACAUGUUGGGCAGACCGACAAUCACAUUAAUGGCAACGCAUUAUAUGCUAGACCAGGACAAGAUACCGCUGGCCAUGAUUCAGACGAUGCGUAAGCUUAAGUCCGGCUAUAUAAAUGGUACGCGCGUGAUGCUGGGCAAUCUGAAGGACUUUCUUAACACCUCAGCCAUUACGGACUUGAGCUUUUUGGGCAGCACCGAGGACGGCUAUCCGGACCGGCUGCAUCCAGACGUGCAGACCUAUUUGGAUGAGCAUCUAUUGCGAUCAUUCAGCAAUCGCAGCACCAUGAAUCUGCGCGGCGGUCAGCUGCGUCCGCGUCAUCUGCGUCGGCGCAUGUCCUGCAAGGGCGCCAUUAAGAAGACCCGUUCCAUCAACGUGGACUCCGACAAUUUGGGCAUGGAGGGCCCCACGCCGUUAACUGAGCGCCGUCUCUCCUCGAUUGUGCCGCCGCCCUGGCUGCAGGCCAACAAGCAGGGCCAUGUCAGCGUUUUUGCCACCACGCCCGAGGAGGGGCCCAGCUCGCCGCCGCAGCUGGGCGGCGAUCUGGGGCUGCGCGAGAAUAUCUACCCCAUGGAUCCGCAGCACAGCCGUUCGGCCAUCGAUCGCCGCAGCGAAUUUGUGCGCCAGCAAGAGAUAACAGUGCCAAAAAUUCUCAUCCAACGCCAUCGUCCGGACACAAACUUUGCGGACACAGAGGUGGAGGAGCUGAUCGCCAUGCUGCGCGAAACGGAGAAUCUCGAGGAGCAGGGCGACAUCUUGCAGUACCUGGUGGAUACUCAAGGCUUGGACUUCAAUACAGCGGAUCUGGGCUUAAAGCACAAAACCGAUGAUAGUGCAGCUGAUCUCGAGCUCGACGAUGUGAUGCUCGAGCUGUCAACUGCUGGUGGUGGUGGUGGUGCUGCUGGUGCCGGUGCUGGUGAUGGUGAUGGUGAUGGGGCCAAGCUGCCUGUGCCCGUGGUAGUGCCCACAGUGAUCAUCGAUGCCACUUCACCCACAGCGAGCAGCGGCGCUAAGAAGGACGAGGACAAUGCCAACACGGCCAUCGUUUCAGUUGCCGCCGUCACCGGCGCCGCCGCCGCCGGUUCCAAUAACAGCAGCAGCAACAACAACAACAGCUUGAAUAACAACGAUUCUUCUCAAUCUGAAGGCAUGCUGGAGGAGGGACGCGUUGUGACUGUUAGGGAUCUACUGAAGGGCCUAUACGAGAAGGCCUGUCAGCAGAAGCUGUGGGGCCUGGUGCGCCACACCGCCGGCAUGCUUGGCAAGCGUGUCGAGGAUUUGGGCAAGGCCGUCACCGAUCUGCUGGUGCGCCAAAAGCAAGUCACAGUCGGCAUGCCGCCCAACAAUGAGCACACCAUAACGGCACCGCUGCCCGAGGUUGAGCUGCGUCAGCUAAUACACGAUGCAUAUGGCGACGACGAGAGUACGGCUAUGCUGACACAGGAGUUGAUGGUCUAUCUUGCCAUGUUCAUACGCACCGAGCCGCAACUGUUCCACGAGAUGUUGCGCCUGCGCGUGGGCCUUAUUAUACAGGUAAUGGCCAAGGAGCUUUCGCGCACGCUUAACUGUGGCGGCGAGGCCGCCUCGGAGCAUCUACUUAACCUUUCGCCCUUCGAGAUGAAGAAUUUGCUCUAUCACAUACUCAGCGGCAAAGAGUUUGCCGUCAGCAGUGUGGCACGCGGCAAUCUGUCCAUUGUGAGCUGCAAGUCGAGUCGAGUCAGCAAGAAGAGCCAAAUCGGUCUGGGUGAUCCGGAGGGCGAGGAUGCCCUAAUAGCGACCAUCGAUGACCGUCAGGGUCAGUGGCUACGACGCCGACGACUCGAUGGCGCCUUAAAUCGUGUUCCACGCGAUUUUUACUCGCGCGUCUGGACCGUGCUGGAGAAGUGCCAGGGCUUGGCCAUUGAGGGGCGCGUGCUGCAGCAAAGCCUUACCCAGGAGAUGACGCCGGGCGAGCUGAAAUUUGCCUUAGAAGUAGAAACGGCACUCAAUCAAAUACCACAGCCCGAGUACAGGCAGCUGGUGGUCGAGGCGCUUAUGGUGCUGACCCUGGUAACCGAACAUAAUAUGGUGCCCUCAUUGGGCGGCAUUAUCUAUGUGGAGCAUCUCGUGCAUAAGGCGAAUCAAUUGUUCUUAGAGGACCAACGUAAGGUGCAGGGUGAUGCGACGCUGUGCUGUGCCAAGCUCAAGGAUGGCAAGGAGCAGCAGCAGGCUGCCUCGGGCAUGUUACUCUGUGGAGGCGCCGCCUACAUAUGCCAACAUCUCUAUGACAGUGCUCCUAGCGGCAGCUAUGGUACCAUGACAUACCUGUCGCGCGCCGUCGCCCUGGUGCUGGACUGCGUGCCUAAGCAUGGUGAAAUGGAAUGCGCAAUCUCCUAAAGCUUAGGUGCAAACGCUACUCUCGACCUGGAAACAAGCAAAGCGUCUGUAGGACGACGCUCACUUAAUGCCAUGUACUGUACUACCGACGGCUUCUACUAUUUUAUCUAUCUCUCGCUUUCUCUCUGUAUCUGGUUAUCUCUCUCUCUCUCUCUCUCUCUUUCUAACUAUCUCGCUGUAGACACAGUCUCAUUCUCUCUUGCUCGCUCGCCUCGUGCUUGCGUCUGGCCGUGUAUUUAGCCCAACGAUAUGUUAAGUCUGAGAUCCGCCCGCCCCGGCAAUGCUGUAUAUAUGUAUUUUGUAGACCAUCCGCCUACUAAGCCUCAUUUGUUAAUGUGUUUUAUUUGUUGUUUAUAAUCUUGAGCGGCAAUCCCGGGAGCUAUACAUUUUACUCCCAAUAUACUAUCUACGUACAUGCGCGUACAAUAACUAUGUAUUAUCAUAAAAAAUUGAUUGUAUACAUCAAAAAAAAAAAUAUAUAUAUAUAUAUAAAAAUUGAUUUAUACACGCAACUGGCAAUUGCAUAUUCAAUUGAUUCCUCGCCGGAAUUUUGAACGACACUUUUUGUUUUAGCUUCAAUAAGCUGCAAAUUAUUAUUGUAAAAAAGAAGUUAAAGGAG